UAAGUGCUAAAAGAGAAACAGAGAGGGUGAAGCCAACCAUGGCUUCCUCGUCAUUUUUGGCUCUCGCCGACCCUAAAUCCCUCAUUUCCCCCACUGUUUCAGCCCCUGAAAAUCUCAAAAAUUCUCAAAAGAAGCUAAAAGUUGUGUUUGGUGCAAGACCCUUUUGGAAUUUUGCCUGCAAUCACCCUCUCUCUUCUUCUUCUCCUUUCUCUUCCUCACCAUGUCGAGUUCUUCAGAAAUCUGUUCCAUUAGCUGCUUCAGUUGCGAUUCUUCUCUGGUCAAAUCCAGCAAAUGCCGGAUUUCUGUCUGGGUUCUCUGGGAUAGAAUCAAUCCCUGGUCCUGAACUACCUCAGAUUGAUUUCCUCAAUCGAUUCAAUGAAGAAAAUCAGAAGAAAUAUGCAGAAUUUGAUGCAAGAUUCAAGUCAUCUCCACUCCUUGAGCAGCUAUUGGAGCGAUCCAAGUUGAAUAAAGAAAAGAAUAAGCAAGAGAUCUUAGACAAGUAUUGCUUGCGUGGUGCAGAGUGGGGAGUGGGUGAUUGCUCCACAGAAGGUAUGACAGCAGUGGAGAGAGACAACUUCAUUGCUAUGUUGAAGGAGAAAAGUGGAGCCAAAUAAAUGAAUGUGCAAAGAGUUACCUUCAUUAGGGAUCAAAAACAGGAAAU